AUGCAGCAAUUGCACAAUUUAAUUUUGUACAACUUUUUGCACAUGGCUAAAUUGAGUCAUGUUUUUAUUCUGCACUGUUGGUCAAUGGAUUCACUUACGCACCUAGGGCUUCUGGCACAGUCUAAAAAUAUAUUUACCCAAUUCAAGCAACUAGACUCGGAACUUAAUCCGAACGACAACUUUCUUAGUCACAAUCUGCCCAAGAUAGGCGUUUUCUUGGAUAUCAAUUGCAAUCAAAGCGAUGUUGUUUUAAAUAUGGCCAACGCUAAAAGGCUUUACAGUCAUCGCUUUCAUUGGCUUAUCUACGAUGAGCUGGGUAACUUUUUGAAUGUAGAAUCUCAUUUCAAGGAGGCAAAACUAUUUAUUGAUGCCGAUAUUACUUAUGUCAAACAAGAUCCUAUCACAGAGAACUUUGUGUUGUUCGAUCUCUACAACAAGGGAAGGCAACUGGGUGGAAAAUUGAAUAUAACAGCCGAUCGGGAGGUGGCUUGCAACAAGCGAGAGUGUCGAGUUGAACGAUAUCUAAGUGAUUUACACAAGAGGAAUCCCCUGCAGCACAGAAAAUACUUUACCGGUUUAACCAUUAGGGCCACUGCUGUGGUCACCGCUUUACCCCUAAAUGUUUCCAUUGAGAAGAUCUUCGAUUUCAUGGAGGCCAAGGAUCGAAUCCACCUGGACACGUACGGCAGAUUGGGUUAUCAAUCCCGACAACCCCUGAAAGAUAUGUUAGACUGCAACUUUAAGUACAUAUUUAGGGAUCGGUGGUCGGCGGAUGGCAAUGUCACGGGCGGCAUGAUUGGAGAUCUCAUCUUGGGUGUGGCUGACUUGUCGAUCGCACCCUUCGUCUAUUCCUUCGAUCGAGGACUCUUUGUAAUGCCCAUCACAAAGUUCAGUGAUUUUCGAGAGAUCUGCAUGUUUCGUAAUCCCCGAUCCGUGUCGGCGGGUCUGAGUGCCACGGAGUUCCUGCAGCCGUUCAGCGGCGGAGUUUGGCUGACCUUCGCACUGAUCCUCCUGCUUGCAGGCUGCCUCCUUUGGGUCACCUUCGCCUUAGAGCGCCGAAAGCAGUGGAAGCCCUCGCUGCUGACCAGCUGCCUCCUUUCCUUCGGAGCUGGUUGCAUUCAGGGAGCUUCGCUCACUCCGAGAUCGAUGGGCGGACGGAUGGCCUUCUUCGCCCUGAUGGUGACCUCGUUUCUGAUGUACAACUACUACACCUCGAUCGUGGUGUCCAAGCUCCUGGGCCAGCCCAUCAAGUCCAACAUCCGGACACUACAGCAGCUGGCGGACAGCAACCUGGAGGUCGGAAUCGAGCCCACCGUGUACACCCGCAUCUACAUUGAGACCUCCGAGGAGCCGGAUGUGCGUAGUCUCUACCAGAACAAGGUGGUUGGCAGCAAGCGGUCACCGGAUCGCAUCUGGUUGCUCACCGAGGAAGGAGUGAAGACGGUGCGGGAUCAGGAGGGAUUUGUCUACAUCACAGGCGUGGCCACGGCCUACGAGUUCGUGAGGAAGUUCUUUCUGCCUCAUCAGAUCUGCGAACUCAACGAGAUUCCUCUGCGCGACGCCUCCCAAACUCACACAGUCCUGGCCAAGGAGUCACCGUACGCGGAGCUCCUUAAACUAUGUGAGCUGCGGAUGCUGGAGACGGGAAUCCAUUUCAAGCACGAGCGGUACUGGAUGCGGACCAAACUCCACUGCUACCAACACAAUCACACGGUGGCCGUGGGUCUGGAGUACGCUGCUCCCCUGUUCAUCCUGCUCCUGGGGGCCAUGAUCCUUUGUGUGGGCGUUCUGGGAUUGGAGGUCAUUUGGUUCCGCCACUCCACUCUUCAUUAA